GCCCAGCCGCCUCCAGCCUCUCCUGAAUCGAACCCGUAGCGCUCCUGGCUGGAGGCCGUGAAGGGGCUAUGGGUGCACCUGCGGGGCCGGAUUUGCCCCGGACCGGCCCCUCCCCGGACCCCAACCCCUCCCACCCGGCCGGUCCUCCCCCCCGCAGGCUUGGCUGGCCCCGGGACUGCUCCCCGGCUCCUAUUCUCGCCGGUCACUCUUCCGCCCCUCCCUCUUCGCCGCGGCUCGCACGUCUGGAGCGCCCGGGCCGAGCGGGCGGCGCGCCGGGGGCAUGCGCUCCAUGAGGGCUCUGCAGAACGCUCUGAGCCGCGCGAGUAGCCACGGCCGGUGGGAAGGCUGGGGUCACCGGAGCCGGGGCCCGCUCCUGGGCGGGGGUGUCCGGUACUACCUCGGUGAGGCCGCGGCGCAGGGCAGGGGGACGCCGCACAGCCACCAGCCGCAGCACUCGGAUCAGUAAGGCUCGCGGGACAGGGCAGGGGACAGGCUGGCUCCCACUCCCGCUGUCGUUCUCGCUAGCUCCCUGGGAGUCUCCUUCCCCAGAGAGCGAGCGCAUCUCAUCUCCUCUCCGCGCUCACUAGCCUGCGAUGCCUUUUCCUUUAGAUGUGGGGCUUUGGGUCCGCCGCGCUCGGGCGGUCAGGUGCUGUCCGCCCGGGAGGGCGUUUGGGCAGGUCGGUCUUCGAGAUGAUGCCUGUCCAAGUGAUGCCUCGAACAUCGGCAUGCUGCCUCGGCUUGGCGACCUGCUUUUCUACACUAUUGCAGAGGGACAGGAACGCAUCCCCAUCCACAAGUUCACCACGGCCCUGAAGGCCACUGGACUGCAGACAUCAGAUCCACGACUUCAGGACUGCAUGAGCAAGAUGCAACGCAUGGUCCAAGAGUCCAGCAGUGGUGGCCUCUUGGACCGGGAACUCUUCCAAAAGUGUGUGAGCAGCAACAUUGUGCUCCUGACUCAGGCAUUCCGAAAGAAGUUUGUCAUUCCUGACUUCGAGGAGUUCACAGGCCACGUGGAUCGAAUAUUUGAGGACGCCAAAGAACUCACUGGAGGCAAAGUGGCAGCCUACAUCCCGCACCUGGCCAAGUCAAACCCAGACCUUUGGGGCGUCUCCCUGUGCACUGUGGAUGGUCAGCGGCACUCUGUGGGCCACACGAAGAUCCCCUUCUGCCUGCAGUCCUGUGUCAAGCCCCUCACUUACGCCAUCUCCGUGAGCACCUUAGGCACUGACUACGUGCACAAGUUCGUGGGCAAGGAACCCAGUGGUCUGCGCUAUAACAAACUCUCCCUCAAUGAGGAAGGAAUCCCCCAUAACCCCAUGGUUAAUGCCGGUGCCAUUGUGGUCAGCUCGCUGAUCAAGAUGGACUGUAACAAAGCAGAGAAGUUCGAUUUUGUGUUACAGUAUCUCAACAAGAUGGCUGGGAAUGAAUUCAUGGGGUUCAGCAAUGCCACAUUCCAGUCUGAGAAGGAGACUGGGGAUCGGAAUUACGCCAUUGGCUAUUACCUCAAGGAGAAGAAGUGCUUCCCUAAGGGAGUAGACAUGAUGGCCGCCCUUGAUCUCUAUUUCCAGCUGUGCUCUGUGGAGGUUACCUGCGAGUCAGGCAGUGUCAUGGCUGCCACUCUUGCCAAUGGCGGCAUCUGCCCCAUCACAGGGGAGAGCGUGCUGAGUGCUGAAGCCGUGCGCAACACCCUCAGCCUCAUGCAUUCCUGUGGCAUGUAUGACUUCUCGGGCCAGUUUGCCUUCCACGUGGGUCUGCCAGCCAAGUCAGCUGUGUCAGGAGCCAUCCUCCUGGUUGUACCCAAUGUCAUGGGGAUGAUGUGUCUGUCACCUCCGUUAGACAAGCUGGGGAACAGCCACAGGGGCAUCAAUUUCUGCCAGAAGUUGGUGUCUCUCUUUAACUUCCACAACUACGACAACCUGCGGCACUGUGCUCGGAAGUUAGAUCCACGGAGGGAAGGAGGAGAAGUUCGGAACAAGACCGUGGUGAACCUGUUAUUUGCUGCAUACAGUGGAGAUGUCUCCGCCCUUCGAAGGUUUGCUUUGUCGGCCAUGGACAUGGAGCAGAAGGACUAUGACUCCCGCACGGCCCUACAUGUUGCUGCAGCUGAAGGACACAUUGAAGUUGUCAAAUUUCUGAUCGAGGCUUGCAAAGUGAAUCCUUUUGUCAAGGACAGGUGGGGCAACAUUCCCCUGGAUGAUGCCGUGCAGUUCAAUCACCUGGAGGUGGUCAAGCUGCUUCAAGAUUACCAUGACUCCUACGUGCUGUCUGAGACUCAGGCCGAGGCGGCAGCUGAGACUCUGUCCAAAGAGAACCUAGAGAGCAUGGUGUGAGCACAGGCCAGGGGCGGUCCCUGCUCCAGAAAAAGCAUGAGCCGGCCACACAUUUAACCCACAGCCACCAAAAAUACUGUGGCAAGCUGCUUGCAUGAGGUUCAACACGGCCACUUGGUGACACAGGCCAGUGUUUUCUAUGAGAAUCAAAACACCCCAUUCCCUCAGUGAACAGCAGAGAAAAGCUUCAGUGGACACCUGAGCAGAGCUAACCACAGAAACCUUGAGGUACAGCUUAAAUGGCUUCGUCCACUGGAAAGUAGCCCAGGUCUUUACCCAGGUCCCUUUUUCCUCUCUGAAGAAAUCAUCAUGCGAACAAGCAGCUUCCUUGGAGAGCCUCUAGCUACAUGCAUAUUUAUCUGCCGCAGAGUAAGAGAAACGGGUGAGAGCCGAAUCACCUGGCUUUAGAAGUCUGCAGAGAUCUGCCCAUCCUAGCCAGGACAUGCUGCUACUGCUGACAGCAAUUUUAUAGACAAAGUAUUUUGUGUUCAAAUAAACUUUAAUUACAUGAA